UUUGUUUUUGUGCUCAAAGGGCUCCCCGGGCGCAUGGGCGAGAUCGUGCCUGCGGAGCAGGCCGAGCGCGCUUUGUAUUCCGUGUGGGCCAUCCUCGCCGUGGAGGCGGGCCAGCUGGCGCGGAGACUUUUGUCAGCGCGGUGGUCCCCAGAGCCCGCGGCGACUGCGGAGGGACACGAACAGGAGGCGUGUCCUGAGAUCGUCUGCGGGGCCUGCCCGGACGUGAACAGCCUGCCUUGUCCAGCGGAGCCGCCGUGCGCGGCGGAGCCUGACCCGUGGCAGUUUGCCGGAGCGGGUGCGUGCGCCGCCUUCGCGGUCCAGCAGUUCUGGCGCUUCGUGGAGACCCGGUGCGGCCAGCCCCGACGUGUCCAUGGCGCUGCUCCGACGCGACGCGGGGGCGGCGUGGUGGCGCGAUUUGGUCCCAGGGGCCCUCAUCGUGACGACGUUCGAGGGCGACACUGUGGCUCAUGAGAGGCUGUUGUUGUGGCCCGUGGACGAGAAGAUGUGGUGCAUCCUCGCCCUGGAUGGCGACGUCUACGUAGAGCCAGUGACGAAGAAUUUUGACUGGGGAGUGCUGGACACGAAUCCUCUUGACGAUGUCGGGACGGUGCCAGACGAGUUCCCAGUGAGGGUCUAUCGCUUCCGCGACCACCCCAGAGCCGACGCCCUGAAAGAGCUGAUACGAGACGGUCGAGCGGUGGUUCGUGCCGAGCUCGGCCGGGAGGCGCCCGAAGUGUCGAUGGUGCUAACCCCCUCCUGUGAGCGAGUGCCGCUGGAGUCUGGAGGUCUUCGCGCCGGAGGUCUUGGUGACACGUCGGAUGCUUGGGAAGGCGUCCCCCAAGGCGGCCGCGGCAGCCUCGGCGCGACGUGCCGCUGGGCCCUGAGUUGGGCCGGCGGCCGGCCGGGCCCCGCCGCCGGCGCCGUUUGCGGAGCCCCCUCCCGAUCAGCUUCGAGAGGUGGAGGCCACAGCAGUGGGUGAGGACUAUCUCUGGUUGCUAACGGAGCCUACCGAUCGGCGCGCCAUCGGAACAGAGAUCGAGGCCGGGGCGAAGGUGCUCCUAGCGCCAGGUGGUCUUGACGGGCUGGUGAAGCUAGAUGACCACUGGCGGCGCGUCGAGUGCAUGGCGCCCCAGGCGGCCCCCGGCUUUGCGAAGCACCGCUGUGACGAGCUGAAGGACGGCCUGGGUAUCAUCGGGGGGGGGCCGGGCGUUGACGAGUCCGACCUCCGCGACAGGCUCGGGAGGGCUCUCCCAGAGGCCGUCGGCGGAACGGCUACUCCCCCAGCACCCCCCGCUGCCGAAUGGGCUGUCGAGACAGGCGACCUGAGGGCCCUGGUGAUCGAUUGCGACGGCCAGGGCGAACGCUACAAGCCAUUGAAGCAAGUGGCGCAGGAGAGCAGCAGCAAGGCCUACGAGACGCAGCGCAUGGAGGGCCCUCCGGUCGCGUUGCCGAUGGGGAAGCGGACGCUACAGACAGGAGGCGACCCUCGCCCGUGGUUGCGAGAAUGGCUGCGUGAGAAAGGGAUCGCCUCGACAGACAGGGUCGCGCAUGAGCUGCGCGCCCUCGCGGGGCCCCUCUGGCUCGGCGGCGCGUUAGACCAGGUCAACAUCGGCGGGCUGUUCUGCAUCGAGGCGAUAUGCCGGCGCAUGGCAUGCAUCGUAGCGGCUUGCGCCAACCCGGCCAAGCCGGCCUGGGGCCUGACCCGCUACUGCACUGGCCAGAUGUCGGCAGUGGACGCUGUCGGCCCCGAGAUGCGCAGCUUCCUUCCCUGGCGGGUGCCUCAGAC